UUGAAUGCGGAAGUGGAAAAACGCUUCCUUCUCGUUUCCGGGUUCCGCCUCGCGCACAAACGGAGCGACAGAUCACUAGUACCGGGAGCUCACCGGCUCUUUAACCACUCGAGAUGGCCGCUCGGUUACCGGCAUGUGUUGUGGAUUGUGGCACAGGGUACACUAAACUGGGAUAUGCAGGAAACACGGAACCGCAGUUCAUCAUUCCGUCAUGCAUCGCCAUUAAGGAGUCGGCGAAGGUGGGCGACCAGGCUCAGCGGAGGAUGAUGAAGGGUGUGGAUGAUCUCGACUUCUACAUCGGAGACGAAGCCAUCGAUAAACCCAAUUACGCCACCAAAUGGCCCAUUCGGCACGGGAUCGUGGAGGAUUGGGAUCUGAUGGAGAGGUUUAUGGAGCAGGUGAUCUUCAAGUACCUGAGGGCCGAACCCGAGGACCAUUACUUCCUGUUGACUGAACCACCGCUAAACACGCCAGAAAACCGCGAGUACACGGCCGAGAUCAUGUUUGAGUCCUUUAAUGUGCCGGGGCUGUACAUCGCUGUGCAGGCUGUCUUGGCUCUGGCGGCAUCAUGGACGUCUCGGCAGGUUGGGGAGCGAACGCUCACAGGAACCGUCAUCGACAGCGGAGACGGAGUUACUCACGUCAUUCCAGUGGCGGAGGGAUACGUGAUCGGCAGCUGCAUUAAACACAUUCCCAUCGCUGGCCGGGACAUCACGUAUUUCACGCAGCAGUUGCUGAGGGAGAGAGAGGUGGGCAUCCCACCGGAGCAGUCGCUGGAGACCGCCAAAGCCGUCAAGGAGCGCUUCAGUUACGUCUGUCCCGACCUGGUGAAGGAGUUCAGCAAGUACGACACAGACGGAUCCAAGUGGAUCAAGCAGUACACCGGCAUCAACGCCAUCAGCAAGAAGGAGUUCACCAUCGACGUGGGAUACGAGCGCUUCCUGGGACCCGAGAUCUUCUUUCAUCCUGAGUUCGCUAAUCCAGACUUCACCCAGCCGAUCUCUGAGGUGGUGGACGAGGUCAUUCAGAACUGUCCCAUCGACGUGCGCCGCCCGCUCUAUAAGAACAUCGUUCUGUCGGGCGGCUCCACCAUGUUUCGUGACUUCGGCCGGCGUCUGCAGAGAGACCUGAAGAGAACGGUCGACGCUCGCCUGAAGCUCAGCGAGGAGCUCAGCGGAGGAAAACUCAAGCCGAAACCCAUCGACGUUCAGGUCAUCACCCAUCACAUGCAGCGAUACGCCGUGUGGUUUGGAGGAUCCAUGCUGGCCUCGACUCCGGAGUUCUACCAGGUGUGUCACACCAAGAAGGACUACGAGGAGAUCGGCCCGAGCAUCUGCCGCCACAACCCUGUGUUCGGCGUCAUGUCCUAAACCAUCACACACACGCGCACACAUACACACUUAUGGGAUGGUAGGGUGCAGAUGCAAAAAAUGAGAAAUACUUUUUCUAUUGUUGGUCCCCUCAGAGUAGACACGUGUCCGACGGUGAAAGACCCGACUGCUGGAAACAUACGAACACAUGUUUUUUUUGUUGAUUUGAUCCCAGUGUAAGCAACGAUACAGCUUCAGUCUUCAGUGAAUGUGUGACGGCGUGUAACUGAACUCAGAUUGAUGAUGAAAACUGGACCGGCGUCAUUAUUGUCAUUAAGGGUGUAAAGAAUCACAUGUUGAACUGUGUGUACGGCUCCAUCUUGUCCUUUAUUUUAAUGUUUUAUGACCCUCGACCCCUACCACAUUAAAGCAAAGUGUUUCCCGCUAUACUUUGAUACUUGCUUUCAAUCUAUCAAAUUUGUGACUAAAAGAAAACUUUAAAAAAAAUCCCAUAUACAGGAUUUUCUGUCUGUCUGUCUCUUUCUUUCAUGGCAUUUUAGAUACUCAACUGCUUUUACCUUCAGAUGUCAUUUAUUCAUGAUUGCAGACCAGUCAUGUGAACAUAUUUGAGUGGAAUGAUGAUUGUGCCAGUAUUAGCAGAAGCUUGUUUUGAUAAAGGCAGAUGACACAUGGGUGGGAUUUAUAAGUGUAAUGGUGAAACAUUCCAAUAAAAGCUCAUGGUUUCUAAUGAA